UAAGGACUAGAAAAUGUAGCUAACAUUUUCCCCUUCUCUUUUACAAGCACUACAAAGAGAAAUGGUUCACAAUUUGGAAUGACACAAGUAGGCCAUAUUUGAUGUGAAAUGUUUGGAGGUGACGCGUAAGUAGGAGGAGGCAGACGAGGAGUGAUGAUCUAAACGCGGGUUUUAUUUAACAAAGUGAAAACGAAACCGACAGGAACAAAGGAAACAUCCACGAUGGGAAAACUGAAACCGAAAACAUACAAAUGGUACAUGAUCUGAGUGAGCAGGGCAAAACAUAAGUAUCUACAAACAAGCAACGAUCGACAGAGGAAUGGAGGAACAGCAGGGUUUAAAUACAGGGACAGGAAAAUGACAAAAUGAUAAACAGUUGGUGGCGGUAAAUGCUCCUUUUAGCUGGUUUGCCAACCGCCAUAAAACUCUGAAAGAAGAAGAAGAAGAAGAAGAGAAACACGGGGCGGACAACCAGGGAUCGUAACUGUAGGAAAAUCUUUUACAGUGUAGAAUAUUUGACUUUGCCCUUUACUUCAUCUUCCUUGUCACAGCCUUGGUCAAGACACACAAAAAACCCUGUUUUCAGCUACAGAGAUAUGGCUUAAGUAGCACAAUAAUGUUCAUCCUCUGUCAAAGUCCAUGUUACACCAUUACAGCCCAAUAAAAAAAAAAGAGCUGGGUUACUGCACAGAAUUAUUAGAUCUUGAACAUGAACUUCUUUAUAACUUUGACAUCAGCAGCAGUUCUGCUUACAUCUGAAGGGUUCUAUGUACAAGGUCCUCUUUAUCCUCUGGUUGCACAACUAGGGGGCUCCAUAAUACUGCCCUGCUUUGUGGAAAACCCUUUACCUCUGGAGGAGCUGGAGGUUGAAUGGAAAAGGACAGAUGAACAGACAAUAGUGCAACUGUUUCAGAAUGGAGAUGUUAGACCUGAGGCUCAGUAUCAUUCAUACCGGAAUAGAGCACAUUUUUUGUCUGACCAGAUAUUUAAAGGGAACUUUUCAGUUCUGCUGGAAAACAUAACUGUUGCAGACACUGGUAUCUACAAAUGUGUAGUUUACUCUUAUGAGGAAGUUGGGGAAAUCUCUGUUAAAAUUAAACAUGUAGAGCGUGUAGUUGUGACAAGAGAACAACAUGUUGUGUUUGCGUAUGUUGGUGAGGAGGUUGUUCUUAAUUGCAUGGUUGACUCACAUAUUCCUCCUCAACAUUUUGAGGAGGUCACUUGGAAAAAGGUUGACAAAAGUUCAGACAUCAUCCCUGUGCUGCUUCUCCAAAAUGGGACAGUAUAUCUAGAAUCCACUCAAAAGAGUUAUAAAGACAGAGCUGACUUCUUUAUUGAAGAAAUUCCCAAAGGCAACUUUUCGAUGAGACUAAAAAAUCUCCAGACAUCUGACAAAGGGGAAUAUAUGUGUGAAGUUCACACAGAAUAUUCAGUGACCUCCACAACUGUGGAAAUAGGACAGCUGGGAAUGUCCACUUUGCACAUCAUUACACUGAUGCUUUGCUUUAUUUCCCUGUUGUUGACUCUUGUACUAAGUAUUCCUGUCACGAUCUAUAUCAACAGAAAAGACACCCGUACAAGACCUAUGUAUAUACAUUAUUUGCAAGUUGUCUGUCCCAACAUCUGUUUAUCUAUUGCAUUUUCUCUAUGGGGUGUAAUUGAGGGGUCUAUAGUUGAGGUGACAAUGUGUGCAACUAUUAAUAUGAUGAGGAUCAUGUUGUUAUUCCUCAUGGCCCCAUAUUUUAACUGGAAUAGAGUGGUUUCAGUUGUUUUUCCAGAUCACAUCCAGAGAAUUAUUGAAUAUUUAAGCAUUCCCAUUGCAUAUCUUCUUAUUGCAGCAGCAUUUUGCUCAGUAGUUCUUCAUGAUCUUUGGAAUACAUCUCAGUGGACUGAAGUUGUGCUUGUUGGUGUUGUGGUUAUUCUGCUGUCAUCCACACCAGUAUUUCUUAAGGCUUUAAUCGAUGUUUGCUUCCCACAGUUUUUUGAUCUUCAUUUUCCCCUUCGAUUUGUAAUAAAAUCUUUAGGACACGUUCUCAUGCAAUCAAGCAACUUUCUUCAAAUGCGUCUCCUUUUCUAUAGAUCACCAAGUGUUGACGAAUCCAUGAUAAUAAUGACAUAUGUCUUUGGGGGAAUCACUGCUGCCAUAUCUUUCAUAGUCCUUCCAAUUCCAGUAAUUCGACAAUACAUUUGUAAAAAACCUGACAAAAGGCAACUUUCUAUACUUACAUGGAGAUGUUAUUUAGUUUGGGUAAACGUUAUGGUUGUUACGCUAAUCGGGCAUAGCGCAUUUAUUUUGUAUUAUCUUUACAAGAUUCUGGAGUACACUAAGAGACGUUAUGGAUGGAUGUUGGUCACAGUUCUGCUCCAUAUUUUGACUGCAAUUGCACCUGAGCGGUUCUCGAGAACGGUUCCUGAUGUAAUUUACACAGUUUUGUUCAUGUAUGGGGUAGCAGGUUUGCCAGUGGUCAACUCUGUUUCUCUUGCUACAGAAUUAAUACUACAAGUGUACAAGGGGGAGAGAACAGUGGAUGAUCUACGUGUAAUAGUGCUGCCUUUUGAAAGCAUUAUGGCUGGUGUUUGGCUGAUUUUACAGAUCCAUGCAUACUGGGCAGUUCAAGGCGGAGAUGUACAACAGGAGCUGUAUGUGCUGAGGGACCUUGUGACAGAGUGCACACCGAAGCUAGGAGACAUUGGUGAAUCAGAUGUGCUCUCUGAAAAUUGCCUUUCUGAGAGCAAAAGAUGUCAGCCAGAAGCAACACCAUUCCUGGGAGAGAGUGAACUAGACACAAAAGUUUAAGACCUUAACACCAUGUAUCAUGGACUGAUGUUAUCCCUUUAUUACAUUUAUUGAUUAAGAUUUGUUAAAUAGAACUAUUUAUCAAUUAGGUUUCAAUUACUUUCAUACAAUCUUUGUCUAAUAAAUGUUAUAUAAUUGUAUAGUUAAAAAAAAAAACGAUAUUACAUUGUUAUGGACCUUGAGACUUGGUACCUCUUGGUAAGAUAUUCUUCUGUAUGUCACAAUGUUAUUUUAUCUCCUUUAUUGUUCUUAUCUCCACAAUAUGUACAGUUAUUUAUUCCUAUAUUCUUAAUCUGACUGCAUGGAUUUUGUCACUGUCACAUCGAAUCAUGUUGCUAUUUGAACAAUAUUCCAUUAUUUCAUCUUAAAACAUGCAGAGUGACCUAAUAAACAAAUCAACAUGCCCUACUU